UUGUUUUUUGCUUUAACAACAACAACAAUAACACGAGCCACCGGUGAUGUCCCUGGGAAAGUUCAGUCAAACAAGUUGCCAGGCCCUCGUACGCAAUGUGUUCACAUCGGCCAAAGUGCGACAACAGACGGCGGCCAUUCCGGACACGCUCAUCGCGCAAUGUCCAAUGCGCAAAAUAAUGAAUCCCUGGGCCGUCCUUUCUCAGAGGUUCCGGGGCCCCGGGGCCUGCCUAUAAUAGGAACACUCUUAGAUUACAUGAAGAAAGAUGGAUUAUCGUUCAGUAAAAUGUUUGAGGCUUACCGUCAACGUUCGCUUCAGUACGGGCCGAUCUUUCAAGAACAAAUCACCACCGUGAAGACAGUAGUGAUCAGUGACCCGGAUGAAUAUAGUAAAAUAAUCAGAGCUGAGGGUCGAAUGCCGAUCCGCAGAGAAAUGGAACCAAUGGCAUACCAUCGAGUUAAGAACAACCUUCACCUUGGUCUUGUUAACGCACAAGGAGAGGAAUGGUACAAAUAUCGCACAGUCUACCACCGAAAGAUGUUAUUGACCAAAGAGAUCCAUCAAUACAGUUCAGCUAUGAAUGAAGUUUCGAGAGAUUUUGUAAACCGGUUGCAAAAUAUUUCCGAACAAGAUGGCGAAGUGAAAAAUAUAGAAAUGGAACUUUUCAAAUGGGCAAUGGAAUCGAUCGGUACUAUCCUUUUCGAGGAGCGACUCGGAUGCUUGGAAUCACAACCUACUGCUCUUUCUCAAGAUUUCAUCAAUAAUUUACUUGGGUUUUUCAAGCUCAUGCAACCAUUGAUGUACAACGCCCCCACCUAUAAGAUCUAUCCGACCAAACUUUGGAGAAAAUUUGAGUCUUAUGCAAACAAUGUGAUCAGCAUUGGACGAAUGUUUAUCGAACGGAAAAUGGAAACUCUCCAAAGACAAAUGGACGAAGGAGUCAAAGAGGGACACGGUGAAACAUCCAAAUUUCUGACUUACCUUUUGACGCAGAAAUCGCUUAGCCUUGACGAAGUAACCAGUUCGGCAGUCGAUCUACUCAGCGGUGCUGUAGAAACGACUUCCAAUGCCAUGCUGUGGACGCUAUACUGUUUGGCGAAGCAUCCAGAAAUCCAAGAUGAAAUUUAUAACAGCAUCCGCAAGGCAGUUGGUGACAAUGGGGAGAUAACUCCACAAAUACUCGGAAAUUUGUCACACGUGAAAGCCAGCCUGAAGGAAGCGCUCAGGUUAUAUCCAAUUACAUAUGCGACCAGCCGAAUUUUGCAAGACGACAUCGAAGUGUGUGGUUACCAUCUGCCAGCCGGCACUCACGUUCAGGCCAAUAUCUUUGGCAUGAGUCGCAAUGAGAAACUUUUCCCGGAGCCUCUUGAAUAUCGACCCAACAGGUGGGUGGGGACCAACCCUGAUAACAGAUUCAAAGCUAUUUACAAUCUUGUCUGGGGCCAUGGCGCUCGGAUGUGCAUUGGUCGCCGAAUUGCCGAACAAGAAAUCUUCAUUACUCUUACCAAGAUUCUACAGAACUUCCGAAUGGAAUACCACGAGGAAGACGUGGAACCGGUGCUAAACACAGUCAUGACACCUGAUCGACCUUUGCGUAUCAAGUUCCUUCCACGGAGAACUCUAAUUUUAUUACCUCUCUCUCUCUCUCUCUUUGCUCUCUCUCUCUCUUUGCUUGCUCUCUCUCUCUCUCUCUCUCUCUCUCUUUCUCUCUCUCUCUCUCUCUCUCUCUUUGCUCUCUCUCUCUCUCUCUCUCUCUCUCUCUCUCUCUCUCUCUUUUGCUCUCUCUCCCUCUUUCUCACUAAUUGUGUAAUCAUUUUCCCAACCUGUUCAUUAUCUAUCUAUCUAUCUAUCUAUCUAUCUAUCUAUCUAUCUGUCUGUCGCUAUCUAUCUAUCUAUCUAUCUAUCUAUCUAUCUAUCUAUCUAUCUAUCUAUCUAUCUAUCUAUCUAUCUAAACAUCUAUAUCUAUUCUAUCUAACCAUCUCGUAUACGACCUAUCUAUCUAUCUAUCUAUCUAUCUAUCUAUCUAUCUAUCUAUCUAUCUAUCUAUCUAUCUAUCUAACCAUCUCGUAUACGAGCAAUACAUUAUCUUAA